AUCCCCUGACAUCACAUCCCCCUCCCUAAAUGUCAAUGCCACUGCUUUCACAUGAACUAUUUACCAGCCGGCUCACUGCUGUGAAGGACUUUCACACACACCUCAGAAGUGAAGACAGCGUUGGGUGCACGCUGUCCGGCCACCCUCGGAUUUUCUUUCUCUUUCACUGCUGGCAGGCGAGCAACGUUGACGGAGAAAUGAGUUGGACGGGCAUACUUUAUCACCCGGUGUGGGUUAUUUCCACGGCGCUGCUCGCGUUUGUUGUGCGGCUACAGAGGAAAGGGAGCUGGGAUCCACGCGCGUGCACCGUGCGGCUCUCAGGGAAGACUGCUAUAGUCACAGGAGCUAAUACAGGGAUCGGGAAGUUCAUUGCCUUAGACUUUGCACGUCGCGGGGCUCGUUUAAUCCUGGCCUGCAGAAGCGAGGCCCGGGGUACGGCGGCUCUCAAAGAAAUCAGGGAGAAAUCAGGAAACUCUGAUGUCCACCUACGUCUGGUGGACCUGUCCUCCAUGGACUCUGUCAGAAAGUUUGCUGAGGGGAUCCUUGAGGAGGAAAAAGCUCUCCAUAUCCUCGUCAACAAUGCUGGAGUAUCAGGUAUACCCAGGCAGAUUACCAAAGAUGGAUUAGAUUUGACUUUUGCUACCAACCACUUAGGACCCUUUCUCCUCACCAACCUGCUGCUGGACCUGCUGAAGAGCUCUGCUCCAUCGCGCAUUGUCAACCUCAGCUCCGUCAACCACAAGAAUGGCAAUGUGGACUUCUCUCAUUUUCAAGGGGAAAAUCUCACGUAUAUGCUGGAUACCGUCUACAACCACACAAAGCUCCACAAUAUCAUCUGUACCAAUGAGCUAGCACGCAGACUAAAAGGGACAGAUGUUACAGCAAACUCUGUCCACCCUGGUGUUGUCAUGACAGAAGUGAUGAGACACUAUCCAUAUAUAAUUCAGUUCAUUUUCAACUUCAUUGGCUUUUUUUUCUUUAAGUCUCCAGAGGAGGGUGCCGUCAGCUCAAUCUACUGUGCCGUGGCAGAGGAAACUGAAGGGAUAACUGGGAAGUAUUUUGACAGUGACUGCUCUAUGGUGCUCCCCGCCCCUCUGGCGCGUGACGCUGCUCUGGCGGUCAAGGACUUUGAGAUCUGUGAGAGAGUGACAUCAAAACUCUGAAACAACUAUCAGGCACAAGGAAGCUUGAUAACAAAGGAAAGGGGUCAAAUUCCAACCUUUUAUUGCACUUCUUGAGCGAACAACUCUGACAUAAUUUGCUUCAUAUAAUAAUAAGAGGGUUUCUGAUUACAUUUUUAUAAGUAAUUGAAAGGACAUUACAUGUUUUCUAAGGAAAAUGAGUCAUAGAUAAAAUGACAACACUCUGUUGCUCCUCUCUGCUAUGGAGCUAAAAAAAAAAAGGAUAAAUAUGGCGUACUAUUUAAUAUUAACUCUAUUUUUUACAUCUGCAGUAAUGACAGAGGUGAAGUUUUCAUCUUAGUUCCAAAGUUUUAUUUGUGAUUGUGAAAAGACAGUUUGUGAGUGAUGCUGACACCAUGUGGCAGCCUUGAGCUGAUAUCUUGAUACAGAAACAACAGACGCUCCAUAAAGUGACACAAAAAUUUUCCCUUUAUUGAAUGAUUGAAUAAAACACAACAAAACAUUUAGGAAUUCAGUGCUUUUUGAAGUAUCUGUACAGCAUUCAUCCCCUCUGUUUGGCCUCUCUAUUUGGCUGCAGAGAAAGAGAUAAUGAGAGAACAGAGUGUUUACCAAAGAGAUUUUUUAAUCAAAGCACUAUCACUUGUAGCCACAUGUUUGGAUAAUAAAAGCUGAAACUACG